AUGGACGAAGAACAAGGAAGUGUUGAAGUUCCAACAAAGGUCACAGAACCAGUACUAAGUGUACCAAAUCCAAGAGCCCUACAGCAAACUAUUCCUACAGUACCUGGCCAGUCAAAAUAUAUACAACUACUUAAUGUCAUAGAAGAACUUGGUCAUGAAGUUAGACCCACCUAUGCUGGAAGUCGUACUUCUACUGAAAAAAUGAAGCGUGGGAUUGUACAUGCCCGUAUUCUAGUCAGAGAAUGUCUAGUCGAAACUGAAAAAAGUGCUCGCCAAUGA